UGGGAGGGCUGUACUUUGUCCAUUUAAAUUUUUAAUGUCCUUUUACAAGUGCUUGACAGAUCUUUUCCCAUGUAUAGCACAGGCUGUAUACAUGGCCACUGUGACUACAGUAUUGUAGAAGCUGGUGGUUUGCAAUUGACUGUUGGUUUUAAAUACUCUAAAUACCUUGUUUGUGUGCUCUAGGUCUUUAGGAUGGUCAAAACAAGCACUUUAGUCUCUCUACUCCAGCUUUUCAGCACUCUUGCUCCUGGAACAGCUUUCACUCAGGAUACCCUCUACCCCUAUGGACCAGGCUAUAGGGACUUAGAAACCCCAAAGAUGGAUGAUGGCAGUUCGCCAGAAAUUCCUCUAAUUAUUCCAUUUAUCUUCUUUAAUGUCCCGUACCGCUCUCUAUAUGUAAGUUUAGCCAAAUCUCCCCUGUUUAUAACUCCAUAUCUUUACAAAUUACAAGAACCUUCUGUGGUCUGUGAAACUCACCAACCAACACUGCUUCUGUCCCCACAGGUGAACAACAAUGGAGUGAUUUCCUUCAAUAUUCAGGUGAGCCAGUUCACUCCUGAGGCAUUCCCCCUCAGUGACAGUCGGUCCUUCAUCGCUCCUCUAUGGGCAGAUGUGCACAAUGGCAUUCGUGGGGAUGUGUACUACCGUGAGUCAACAGAGCCAGAGAUCUUGGAUAGAGCCACUCAGGACGUCAGGAAAUACUUCAAGAAUAUGGUUUCCUUUACUGCAACCUGGGUUUUCAUCACCACCUGGAGCCAGGUCACCUUCUAUGGUGGCAGCCAGACAACACCGGUGAACACAUUCCAGUCAGUGUUAAUCUCAGAUGGGGUAUCAUAUUUUGCAAUGUUCAACUAUGGAGAAAUCACAUGGAGCACAGGGACAGCAAGUGGGGGCGAUCCUCUUACAGGCCUGGGAGGAACAACUGCACAGUCAGGUUUCAAUGGUGGAGAUGUCAGCCACUUCUUCAACCUACCUGGCUCCCGCUCAAAUUACGUGGUCAACAUCGAGCAGACGACAAAUGUCAAUGUGCCUGGCCGCUGGUUCUUCCGUGUUGACACAGACCAGAUAGACCCAGCCAACGGUUGCAGCUAUAAUGGGCGGUAUUAUCGACGUGGGGAGGUGUUCUGGCUGUCAGACCAAUGUUCUCAGCGCUGCAGGUGUUUGGAUGUGGACAAUGAGGUCAUUUGCCACGAGGCUCCGUGUGGCCAGCUGGAGACAUGUGAGCAGCAGGAGGGUGCUUACUACUGCCAACCCACACGAACCAGCACCUGCGUGGUGUUUGGAGACCCUCACUAUCAUACCUUUGAUGGUUUCCUCUACCACUUUCAAGGUACCUGUUCUUACCUAUUAGCUCGUCCAUGCUGGGAAAUGCCUGGUCUACCAUCUUUCAGCGUUGAGGCCAAAAACGAAAACCGAGGCAUGGCUACUGUGUCCUGGUUAAGAGAUGUCACUGUGGAAGUGUAUGGUCAUCGAGUCACGUUGCCCAAAGGAACUCUGGGCACAGUACAAGUGGACAGCCUCUUAAAGACUCUACCUGUCCAACUCCAGCUAGGUGCCAUCAAGGUGUACCAGUCUGGUGUGGCAGUUGCUUUGGAAACUGACUUUGGCCUCUUAGUAACAUAUGAUGGGCAGCACUAUGCUUCUAUCUCACUCCCCAGUUCCUACUUCAACAACACCUGUGGCUUGUGUGGUAAUUAUAAUGAUGAUCCUGCUGAUGACCCUGUGUUGCCAGAUGGUUCACUAGCAGAGAGUGUUGUGGAGUUGGGCGGUAGCUGGCGAGCGGAGGACACUGAUUUCCGCUGUACAGACGGCUGUGCCCAGAAUUGCAGCUUGUGUGAACCAGCUGCUGAAGCCUUCUACUUCCGGCCUGACUACUGUGGUCUCAUUAACAAAACUGAUGGUCCUUUCAGAGACUGUCGAGCUGUGGUGGACCCUACUGCAUUUGUCUACAGCUGUGUGUAUGACAUGUGCAGCAAUCGGGACAACAUUACGACACUCUGCCAAGCAAUACAAGCAUAUGCUUUGGCUUGUCAGGCUCUGGGGGUCACCAUCAGACCCUGGAGAUCACGUUCCUUCUGUGCUUUGCCAUGUCCAUUGAACAGCCACUACCAGGUCUGCACCAGUGCCUGCCCAGCCUCCUGCUCAGACCUGACCGCUCACCUAUACUGCACACAUCCAUGUACAGAAGGUUGCCAGUGUGACCAGGGAUAUGUGCUGAGUGGCAGUCGAUGUGUACGCCGCAAUGAAUGUGGCUGUGAACAAGAUGGCCUCUACUAUGCCCUCAAUGAGACUUUCUGGGCAGGUGAGGGUGGAGAGGUGGGCAGCGAUUGUUUCCAGCGCUGUGUGUGUGGCCCAGCAGGUGAGGUUAACUGCUUUAAUGACUCCUGCCGAGAGGGUGAGGUAUGCACUGCAGAAGUAGGGCUGCUAGGAUGUUACCCUCGGAGAGAAGCUGUGUGUUCGCUGUCCCAGACACACGUCUUGGCUACGUUCGAUGGCUCAUCUAUGCUCUUCCCAGAUGAGAGCUCUUUUUACCUGGUAAAGACUUUAGGACGCCUGCCAGUCAAUGCAUCGGCAGUGGAGGUGAAGAUCGGAAGGAAGCUGGUGAACAAGGGUCCCACCUGGAAGAGGCCUGUGGUCAUCAGGGUUGCACACCUGGAAGCACAGAUAGGUGGCUCUGAUUUUGACCUUGUAAAGUUAAAUGGUGAGCCAGUGGUCCUUCCAUAUGUCCAUCCAACAGAACCUCUCAUGAUGUACCGUGCUCCUGGUAAUGCUACUGUUGUGGAAUGGAGUGGUCUAGUUCGUGCCCGCUACUCCCGCCAAGGCUUCCUUAACAUCACCCUCUCUACCCUCUUCUACAACUCCACCUGUGGUCUUUGUGGCUUUUUUAGUGGAGACCCUUCUGAUGACUUUCGUCUUCCAAGCGGCAGGCAGGCUGACACAGCUGACCAGUUCAUUGAAGGUUGGAGGGCUAUUGCUGAUGACCUGACAUGCAAUGGUGACUGUGAUGAUCUGUACCGCAUGUGUACGGAUCUGCGGUCAUACCAAAGCCCUUGGCUUUGUGGCAACAUCAAUGAUCCCAGCAACAGCUCCUUCCUUGCCUGCCAUGCUGCUGUGAACCCAUCACCCUUCUUUAGGAAUUGUCUGUACAAUAUGUGUGUAAGGGAAGGGAACCGCUCUGCCCUGUGCUCUUCUCUGCAGGCCUAUGCUUCUGCGUGUCAAGAUGCCCAGAUCAACCUGGGGUCCUGGAGGAGUGCCACCAACUGCCCUCUGCCGUGUCCAGAGAACAGUCAUUUUGAUGAGUGCACCACUGCAUGUCCACUGACCUGUGAGAACUUGGAUGAGCCAGAGGAACCAUGUCCAUUUCCUUGCUCUGAAGGCUGCCAGUGUGAAGACAGCUAUGCCCUUCGUGAUGGGUUGUGUGUGGCUCGCAGUGACUGUGGCUGCUUUUACCUUGGCCGACAACUGGCCACCAACGAGACCUUCUGGACUGACUGGGAAUGCCAGGAGCGUUGCUACUGCAAUGGGAGUGACAACAGUGUGUACUGUACCUUCUCUCCAUGCCAACCAGAGGAAUAUUGCCAAGAAAACGAGGGACUGUUCUUCUGCCAGCCUCGGACUGAGGCUAUGUGCGUAGUAGCUGGAUAUGGUCACUUCUUGCCCUUUGGAGGUGUCCCAUUUGACCUGCAGAGCAGCUGCUCACUUCGAUUGGUCACCACAGAGUGUGGGGGGUUUGAGGAGGAUUUAGAAGGAGAUGGAGGGUUUGAUGGAGGCUUCAGUGCAGAGAUGGGUCCAGGGGGCCUACCUCGGUUUCAACUGUCGGCCCGGAAUGAGGAAAGGGAUACAGGGCAGGCCAUUUGGGUGCGAGGCUUCGUAAUGGAGGUGUAUGGUUAUGAGAUUGAGGUGUCUAGAAGCUUCAAACACACAGUCACGGUGAAUAAAGAGCGUUUAUACCUUCCUCUGAAGUUGGGCCCAGGCAAAGUCAACAUAUAUACAUUGGGAUUGCAGUUAUUGGUGGAGACCGACUUUGGACUAAAGGUGGCCUUUGACUGGAAUACCUUGCUGUUGCUGUCUCUGCCCAGGAGCCUCUUUAAUGCCACCUGUGGGCUGUGCCAGGGAAUGCCCGUCUCUGGCCCUGCACUCAGUGUCAGUGAAUGGGGCAUGGCUUGGGCAGAUCGUGACACCUUCUGUCAAGUGGGGUGUGGUGACUCCUGUCCUCGUUGUGGAUUGGUAGAAAGAGGCCUAGCAGCUGAUGUUCCUGCUCCUGCUGUGGAUGCUGUGGGCACCACUGAUGUUGAUAAUGCUAAUCCAGCCAAUCGUUUCCACCUGGCCGAGGGCUUGUAUGUGUAUGUGGAACCAGAGGCAGUGAGGCUAUGUGGACUUAUUAUUGAUCGUGGAGGUGUCUUUGCCCGGUGCCACAGCAAAGUGGCUCCAGCAUACUUCUAUCAGAGCUGCCUACAGGAUACAUGUGUGGACCAGGGAGCACGAGAGACUAUCUGUAACUGGUUGCAGAUCUACUCCAGUACGUGUCAGACACAGGGAGUACCUGUGAUUGGCUGGAGGACCUCUACUCCUUGUGUGCCGUCAUGCCCAGUGAACAGUCACUAUUCCAGCUGUAUGAUGGCUUGCCAACCCCAGUGUGCGCCAGCGAGGGGCCAGCGGGACUGCAACCAGCACUGUGUGGAGGGCUGCCAGUGUGACCAGGGCUAUGUGCUCAAUGGCAAGAGCUGUAUCCUGAACCAGAACUGUGGCUGCUACACUGAUGGCAAGUACUACGAGCCAAAGCAGUUGUUUUGGAACAGUGACUGCACCAAGCGUUGCCAGUGUAUAGGCCGGAACUUGAUCCAGUGUGACCCACGUCGCUGCAAAACUGAAGAAGAGUGUACACUCCGCCACGGCGUCCGAGGUUGCUUUGCUCGCCGCAACCAGCAUUGUGUAGCUUCAGGCGGAGGGGUGUUCCGGACCUUUGAUGGUGCCUCCCUUCGCCUGCCCGCAUCCUGCUCUUUUGUCCUGUCAACCAUCUGUCACAAGCUUCCUGAGCUCUCCUUCCAGCUCAUUGCCAACUUCGACAAGUGGAGCACCCCCAACCUCACAACCAUCUCCCAUGCCUACCUCUACAUCAAUGAAGAGAACAUUCUCAUCUCAGGCAGCACUGUCAAGGUAAAUGGGACACCUGUGUCUGUGCCUUUCGUAACGGGUCUGAUGACCCGAGUCUCUACGUCAGAAGGCUUUUUGGUUAUCGACACACCACAGGACAUCCAGGUACGGUAUAACCGCUUCAACACGCUCAGCAUCACCAUGGGACCACGUCUGCAGAACAAGGUGUGUGGGCUGUGUGGGAAUUUCAAUGGUGACCCCACUGAUGAUUACAUCACUUCCCGUGGCAAGCCGGCUGUUAGCGCCUUGGAGCUUGCCCAGAGCUGGAAAACCAAUGGAAUGCAGAACAGCUGUGAUGAGACUCAGUAUGUGGCCCUGGCCCAGUCCUGUGACAACACUGCUGUCCUGGACCUGCAGGGGGAGGACAGCUGUCUGAAACUUACCCAGCUGAAGGGCUUCUUUCAGCCAUGCCAUGGCCUGCUAGACCCUGGACCUUUCUACCAGUCUUGCUACCUGGACGGCUGCUACAACCACCGCAAGGCCCAAGUGUGCGGCUCCAUGGCCGCCUACGCCGAGGCCUGCCGCUCCUUUGGGACGCUCACCACCAAGUGGAUUGCCCAGGAAAACUGCUCAGAAUGGAUCUACGACCCCUGUGCAGGAGAGAUCUGCACAAACAACACAUGUGAGCAGGAGAAUGGGGGAGACCUGUGUGGCUGCCCAGAACUGCCUAGCACAGACAGUGGAGAGGAUGACAUCAUCCAGGCCGAGGUGACAUGCAAACACGCGCAGAUGGAGGUCUCCAUCUCUAAGUGUCGCCUCUUCCAGCUGGGCUUUGAGAGGGAGGACGUGCGCAUUAAUGACCAGCGCUGUCCAGGCAUCGAGGGUGAAGAUUUCAUCUCCUUCCACAUUAACAACACCAAGGGACACUGUGGUUCCAUAGUGCAGUCAAAUGGAACACACAUCAUGUACAAGAACACAGUGUGGAUCGAGAGUGUGAACAACACGGGGAACGUGGUUACACGUGAUAAGACCAUCAACGUAGAGUUCUCCUGUGCUUAUGAGCUGGACAUCAAGAUCUCCCUGGAGACCGUGCUGAAACCCAUGCUGAGUGUUAUAAACCUCACCCUCCCCACCCAGGAGGGAAACUUCAUCACUAAGAUGGCUCUGUACAAGAACGCAUCGUACCGCCAGCCGUACCGCGAGGGAGAGGUGGUGCUCAGCACUCGGGACGUCCUGUUUGUGGGUGUGUUCGUGGAAGGGGCUGAUGACAGCCAGCUUAUUCUUAUAGUAAACAUGUGCUGGGCCACACCGUCCCGCUACAGCAGCGACCGCCUCCGCUACAUCAUCAUAGAGAGAGGGUGUCCUAACAUUAAGGAUAACACUAUUGGCAUGGCUGAAAAUGGCGUGUCCCUGACCUGUCGCUUUCACGUCACUGUGUUUAAGUUCAUUGGGGACUAUGAUGAGGUUCAUCUGCACUGUGAUGUCACACUGUGUGACUCUGAGACCAACGCGUGCAAAGUGAACUGUCCACACAACCGAAGGAGCUACUCAGAAUACAGCCAGCAAAAAGAGCACAUACUGUCAGUGGGACCAAUCAGACGACGAGAGUCAGACUGGUGUGAAGAGGCAAAUGGUGGCUGUGACCAGAUCUGCACAAGUCAGGUAACAGGACCUGUGUGCAGCUGUGUGACAGGAAUGCUUCAGAGAGAUGGAAAGAGCUGUCGUGCUACCAGUUCCAGCAAUGAUCUACAGCCCCUGGCUCCUUUGGUUGCCAUUGGCGUUGGCGUCACCCUCCUAAUACACACACACACCUCCAUGCUUUUCUCCUAACGCCAACUGAACCAUGGCCGCAAGGAGGAGAAAGGGAGCAGUUGAAAAAAAAAGAAAUGAAAAAAAUAAUGGAGAAAGAGAGAAGAAACAGAGGGACAAAAUAAUAAAAUGGGAGUGCACGUAACAACCACACACUGCAGGCCGGAGGAGCUCACAACAUCACCAGCAGCUUUUCUCCAACUGCAGAGAACUGUGACCACACACCACGAGGCGAGGAAGCCCAUGUCCAGCUGUAUAUGGAUGCACUCCAAACGGAAAACGGCUUCGGUCCGACACUUUGUAAAAUAAAUCCAUUUUUUAAGACACUUGUCCAAAAGAACCUUGGUGCGUGGACCAGCCCAGAGCAAGGCCGCCUGAGACGUUAGAGAUAGAGAGUCAGAUACUGAUUAUCACAGAGUAGGAAAGAGAGACUAGCGAGUGCAGUUUACUAGAUUACAAUGAUGCCUGAUAAAAUCCACACUGUGGAAGCUCGUGUUGCAGUGAAUGGAUACAAUUCUCAGCGUGGGUUAUGUGUAUGUUUGAAUCCUACUGUAGUUCUCAAUUUGCCAUGAUUUGUUGAUUAUUUAAUUCCCCUUUUUGCCAUGAUGAAGUAUUGCUAAGAUAAAGCUUUGUUCUGCACUGGAUACAUUUGAAGCAUUCAGUGUUUUUUAAGUAUUUUCAAACACCAUUAAAGGAAUAAUUUGUACUAUAUGACAACAAUUUCAAAACACUGGAGAGAUUUGUCUUCCCCAUUCCAAAUUCCCCAGACUCCCAGUAACGCAUGUUGGUUGCCAGGUUGAGGACAAUCAACCAACAUUUUCUAGUAUGAUUGCAUUGACCAACAGUAGUCUUGAUCACUUAACUUAAUUCAAAUUCUUGCUGCCUUGACAACCCAGCUACACAUGAACCACUGGGUAUGAAUGUGAGAUUCAAAUGUGGAAAUUACUUAAAAUUCCAGUCCUUACUAAUAGUUCUAAAAAUUGGCCAGCUAAGAACUAGCUAACUGCUUAGGCUUAGUCUUUACCUGUUCAAAAGAAAAUCAGACAGCUCGACAGCUGUCAUACUUUUACUUCUCUCAGCUUAGGGACCUUUUUAAAAGAAUGUUGAGGCUGCACCAUUAUGUGUUUGCACGCUAUGGUGUUCCAUAUCUGGCAACCCAUGGUUUAGCAAUAGGACUGGGGAAUGUGAAGUGGGCAGAAUUUAACUUCAUAUCUGAGAAUUCAGAGAAAAACAGACUGGUUGAUGCACUGCUGCCAAUAGAUGCUUUCCUGAGCAUAUGAGUACAGAAAUUCGAAUACAUAUUGAUCCUUUGAUCAUAUUCCCAUUUAUUAACUACAUCAAACCCAUUCCAAGUGAACAACCCAAAUGUUAUACUACAAAACCAACACAAGUAUUCCAUGUGCCUUUGUUUAUGAUUAGCCUAUAUAUUUUUUUACAGGGUUAGUGAUUAAACCUGUACAUAUUGCCCAUUUUGUGAAUGAACCGUGAUGAUAAAUGUACUGUAUGUGAUGCUGAAUAGACAUGACCAUCAAUAUCACAUCACUAUUACUCAAUACUUGACCUGAUUCUAUGGGAAUCCAGAGGAACGUGUGUAAUAAUCACAUCACAUGGACUGUGGGUCUACUGUACAAUUUUAAUAAUAAUGAGUUACAUGACAGAUUAAUGAUGAAUGAAGAAUGAUGAGAAAAAUGUCUGCCUAUACCUCCUUUAAUGAGGAUGUUUUAGGCUGCUGUAGUGUGUUUUUUUUUUAAUCGCUUAUGUUUAUUUGAGAAUAAAGUGAGCACUUCUACUCUACAUCUACUCUACCCACUUCCAGUCUAUUCAGGGUGUUUAGUCAGAGAGAGG